AAUCUCUGUUGUUUUGUUUUGCUUGUUGUUUAGCUCUAUUUGUACUGAAAAUUCAAGCAAAAUAUUUGCUCCCACUUUUUUGUUUGUGAUUGGUACACAACGUUCUGAUCACGUGCACUUGUUUAUUUUCACGAUUAUUGUCACGUGCAACUUAUUUCCCGACCGGGAAAUAAGUUAUUUAUUUCCCAAUCGGGAAACAUUUAGAAUUAGCUAGUGUCACGUGGUCAUCUUUCAACCAAUGAAAGUGUUCGUUAUGUCGGAAAAUUUCGUAGCUAUAUAACAAUUACUGCAUCUAUGGUUUCAGUUCGUCCAGUGAUAACCCUCAAGUCGACUGAUCAAAAAGUAUUUGAAGGAUCUACUGCCAUCUUUGCAUGUAAAGCUGCAGGUUUUCCCGCGCCAAACAUCACGUGGUUAUUUAAUGAUGAUCCAAUCCCAUGGGAGCAUUCAAUAGAGAACGAUUCUUUGGUCCUAAACGAUGUUAGACAUGGAAGACAUGAUGGUCGAUAUACUUGUGUAGCUACCAGCAAGGCCGGUACAGUGUCAACUUCGGCAUCACUUCUUGUUUAUGUAAAAGUAUCUGCUCAUGCAGUAUCCAGAGAGUACAUAUUUUCUCUGACAAGUCAAAGUGCCAAGCUAAGUUGUUCAGGGCAUGGCUUCCCUCUACCAAAUAUCACAUGGAUAAAGGAUGGGUUACCUGUGUCAUUGAAUCAAACAGACAGUGUUAUAAACGAAACCUUCAUUGAAAGUGGACUUAACCUAGGUGAUGUCACAUAUGACCAGGCAGGACGAUACUCUUGUAACGUAGGAAAUGGAGUGCAAGAGCCGAUAAGCGUUGCUAUAGAAAUACUAAGUGACUUGUGGCAGAUUAAUGAUAUUGUGUUAGUCAAGUAAAAGGAUUUUAUUACCAGCCUGCAACAAUAAGUAAACGCUGCCCUUCAAAUGUUACCAACCAGAGAGUAUUCUAUUGCUUGGUAUCAAUCAGAUGAAUGAAUCUCAUAAAUAUAUUAACUACUCUGGGCCUUUCUCACGCUGCUACCAUGUUGGUAUAAACAAUAGUUCCACCACGCGUGGCGUCGCAAUCAAUUGUUGAAGAAAGAGAAAACGCUCUGUGUACAGUUAUAAAGCUCGCAGGGGUUGGCAGAACAAGAGAAAAAUGUUACGACGAGUAGCGCUUGUCCAGUGUCUGUCAAUCCCAAAGUGCUUUAUAACUCCACACAGCACAUCAAGCAAGUUUUUCAUUUCUUUUAUAAAAUACAAAUUACAAAAACCGUAAUUUUGGAUAGAAAUGACGCAUCUGAAAGUGCGCACGCAUGCUGUAUGCUCUCAUAAAGCACGUGAUCUCUACCAAUGAGAACUCGACAUUUAAAAACAGUUAUUUCAUAUAUGUUAAGUGUAUGCUACACUUAACAUAUUUAAAACUAUUUGUGUGAUAAAGGUCCAUCAACAAACUGCCAGUUAUUUUCAGUUCAUUUUAAACUUUCUCUUUUUCAAUGGUAAAAAUUCCGAGGCAGACCAUUAACCGAAGUUUAUCAAUAGCAACUUAAUUUAUAAAUAGUGUUCUUCGAAAUACAUUUCCUUGGUUUCAGUUCGUCCAGUAAUAAACGUCAAGCCGACUGAUCAAAAAGUGUUCGAAGGAUCUACUGUCAUCUUGCCAUGUGAAGCUGCAGGUUUUCCCGCGCCAAAUAUCACUUGGUUAUUCAAUGAUAAUCCACUCCCAUGGGAGCAUUCAAUAGAGAACGACUCUUUGUUCCUAAACAAUGUUAGACAUGGAAGACAU